CAUGGUCAAAUAUGGCGCGUUGCUUGGUUACACGAAAACAGAUAUGCCGAAGCCAAAGACUGACAAGAAAUGGAUUCAAGAGAGCCUAACUGAUGUUCUUUUUCCUGAUGUAUACGAUUUACAUGAAGAAUUAGGAAGUGGCGCAACAUCUGUAGUACGUAAAUGUACACAUAGAAAAACUGGAAAGGAAUGGGCAGUGAAAAUAAUUAAGAAAAGGGUAGAAAAGAAAGUGGUUAGAACAGAAAUUGGUAUACUGUUAAAACUCAAUCAUCCAAACAUUAUACGUUUAAAAGAAGUAUACGAAACUGAUGACCAAAUCUUUCUUAUCCUAGAAUAUGUCACAGGAGGGGAGUUAUUUGAUAGAAUAAUCCAAAAAGGAUUUUAUAGUGAAAGGGAUGCUGCUACUUGUGUAAGGCAUAUGCUACAGGCAGUUGAAUAUUUACACGAAAAUGAUGUUGUUCAUCGCGAUUUGAAACCUGAAAAUCUACUCUAUGAAAAUAAAUCUGAAGAUUCUAAUUUAAAGGUCGCAGAUUUUGGUUUGUCGAAGAUGCUACCGAAUGAAAUACAGACAACUACCGUUUGCGGAACACCAGGAUAUUGCGCGCCUGAAGUCCUUCUUGGCAAAGACUAUGACAAGUCAGUUGAUAUUUGGUCUGUUGGGGUUAUAGCCUACAUUCUAUUGUGCGGUUAUGAACCGUUCUAUCAUGAAGAUGAUAAAAUUGCUUAUAAGAAGAUCUUAAAUUGCGAUUAUGAAUUUGCCCAUCCUUGGUGGGAUGAUGUAUCUCAAAAUGGAAAAGAUUUUAUAGCUAGCUUGCUGCAAGCAGAUCCAAAGAAGCGCCCAUCCGCAACGAAAGCUUUAAAGCAUAGAUGGGUCGAAGGAAAAGCGGCUCCGUCCAUGCCGAUACCAAAUGAUGCCUUGGCUAAAUUGAAAGAUUUUAAUGCGAGUCGUAAACUUAAAGUUGCCACAAGAGCUUUACAAGCUGCCGUCAAUUUAAAAACCCUGUGUGGACAUUGGGAAAAUGAGAAAGAACAGAAUGUUAGUAAUGAGUAA